CAUGUAUGUGACUACCACACAUAUCUCUAUAUAAAGAUCACAACAGCAUGUUGGUGUUACCUAGCCUCACCCACUUGAGCUUGGCACAGCUCUUUAGCAUAUCCUCCUCCUUAAUUUUGCCCUCACUUAAUCAUAUAGUAUCAUAUAUUAUCAUGGAUAUGUAUGCAUACUUAACAUAACAGGAGGUGUUCUCUUUUCUUUUCUCAAAGGAGAGAAUAUGUAUAUUUUUGGCAGAAAUUAAACUAAGGAAAUUAACGAAGAUUAAAGGCGAGUUCUCUUAUUAUGGACAUAGGAAAAGAAAGAUCCCUUGAAGAAACACCAACAUGGGCUGUCUCAGUCUUUUGCUUCUUCUUUCUUAUGAUAUCUUUGAUCAUUGAGGGAGGUCUCCACAAAUUGGCUGAGAUUUUCAGGAAAAGGAAAGAAAAAUCCCUAGGGAAGGCUUUGACUAAAACCAAAACAGAAAUGAUGAAAUUCGGUUUCAUGUCCUUUAUUCUCACAAUAUCGGAAGUGCCAAUAUCCAAAAUCUGCAUCAGCAAGGGAGUGGCAAAUUCUUUUCUCCCAUGUAAAGAUGUUGUGGACUUCACAGGAUCUGCUACUCGUACUUCAACCUCAGGAUUGGACGUAGCACCUGCUACCAAUGAAUCCGCCAUUGAAGUCAACUAUUGUGAAGCAAAGGGCAUGGUUAGUUUAAUUUCAAGUGAUGGAAUCCUGCAGCUAAACAUUUUCAUCUCCUUUUUGGCCGUGUUUCACAUUUUGUUCUGCACAUUGACAAUGUGCCUUGGAAAGGCAAAGAUGAGAAGAUGGAAGAGAUGGGAGGAUGAGACCCAAACACUUGAAUAUCAGAUAGCUAAUGAUCCAAGAAGGUUCCAGUAUACAGGUCAAACAUUGAUUGGGAAGCGUCAUUUGAAAUUCUGGAGCUAUCAUUCUCCUUUGCUUUGGAUGGUUUGCUUUAUUCGGCAGUUCUACGCAUCAGUAUCAAAAGAUGAUUACUUCACUCUACGAAAUGGUUUCAUUGCAGCUAAUAUUUCUUUAGGAAGCAAUUUCAACUUCAAGAAAUUUCUUUCCCGCACUUAUGAUGAAGAUUUUGAGAAAGUUAUGGGAAUCAGGAUUUGGAUCUGGAUUUUCUCCAUACUUUUCAUAUUUUUUAGCGCGCACGAGUUCUAUAAUUACUAUUGGCUUCCAUUUAUUCCACUUGUGGUUGCUUUACUUGCUGGGACAAAACUACAAGUAAUAAUAACAAAGAUGUGUGUGGAUAGUUGCAAGGAAAAGUCAGUGAUCAAAGGAAGUCUACUUGUAACACCUAGUGAUGCCCAUUUCUGGUUUCAUAGACCUGAAUGGCUUCUCCAUUUACUCAAGUUCAUCCUUAUCCAGAACUCCUUUCAACUUGCAUUCUUCACCUGGACUUGGUAUGAAUUUGGUCCAAGGUCUUGCUUCAAUCGAAAAAGAGAGGACAUUGGCAUAAGGAUUGUCAUGGGUGUAGCUGUGCAGCUCUUUUGUGGCUAUGUGACAUUGCCCCUUUAUGCACUUGUUACUCAGAUGGGUUCUAGCAUGAGGAGAGAAAUUUUCACUGAGAGGGUUUCUAGGGACCUAAAAAAUUGGCACAAAAGAGCUAAACAAUCUGUGUCCAAAAACAACUCAACUUCAAGCAAACACUCAGAUACUUUGCAUUCCAAAGAAUGUGACAAUUCAGUAAGAGGAUCAGUGGAUAUUGUGCACACCUCAGAUAAUGUAGUGCUCACAAGCCCUCCUUCUCACAUGAUAAGUGGAGAGGAGGAAAAGAGCAUUGCACCAACCAAUGAACAAGAGAUAUCAAGUAACUCCACUUCAGAAAUAAUCAAAACUACUCAGGAAGAGAAUCCCAAGAUCAUCACCAGAGGAACCUAUGACGGUGAGAUCUCAUUUGGAAGCAGCUGGAAGAAUGUGGGAAGUAGCAGGGGCAUUGGAGAAAUUGGUUCAAUAAUUGAAGAAGAUGAUGCUGAAAAAUUGCCUGAGUUGAUUCCAUAAGGACACUAUAAUAUUAAUCUCAACGAAAUUGUCUCUAUAAGACAAUUCUAAAAACUAAUAGCCCUUGCUUAUAUCUUAUUAAAGUGUCAACAGCAAUCAAAUUAAUCACCUACCCUUUUUACCUCUACCCUUUCUUCUGUCCCUAAAUUGAAAAUUAACACCAGUAAGAAAAUUUCUUUCUCUUGUUGUGACACUGACUUUCUCUUUCACAAUUGUUUACUUUUUCUUGCUUA